GGUUUGGACCGCUAUGCAUUAUGUACAUUCACGCCGUUCGUCAAUCCACUCCGUCGCCCUGACCCGCCCCAAAUUCUCCAUUCUUGACGAGCACCUCCCCGAUCCCGUCCGGCGCGAGCCCCUAAGGUUGAAUGCAUCCACUAGGUCUAGUUUGCCUUGGUGGCUUUCAGCCUCCAGUUGACAAGUUCCACGACCAUAGGCUGCUUUUGAUACUUCCUUUUUCUGAUAUGCCCGGCUGCCAGCUGUUCAAAAUCCAGCCCUCGGCUAUGGCGAUGUACUUGAUGAUUCGCAGACUCAUAUUCGGGACUAAUGGUGUAGGGUGCGCCACGGCUGGUUUCUAUUGUGCCUACCUAGCGAUCUGGGCUAAGUCUAGAUGCUUCUCCUUGGUUGUACAACAACACCCGAAACCUACCUACAGCUGGAGCAGUACGAAUAAGAGGUUCUUGAGAGCCUUCUCGCACAUAUAUUGCGGGCUUCUCCCUUCCCAGAGCCUGACCGCCGAGGCACGUUUGCCAUCUUCUCGACAUGUUUCCUAACCCUCGGUCUUUGUGUGUGGACUUCUCUCCAUUUUAACGUUCCUGGGCAUAAUGAAAGCGGCACGAGGCAAUUUUCACGCAAGACUGGAUGGAUGAUAAUGGGUCUUGUCUGCCCAGAGCUGAUUGCCUUUGCUGCGUUUCAGCAACACACACAGGCAAACAAGCUCACCAAAGCAAUGAACCCACCCGAAGAGACCCGUGGCUACUUUUCACGGUUUUGGACACGCAUGUCAUCUUGCUUCAGGCGUCGCAGGCGCACAAUGGACUUGGAGACCUCCCCCACACCCAAGUGGACCAUGAUGCACAGCUUUCUGGCUGUCAUGGGCGGCUUCGUUGUCGAAAUGAAUAAUCAACCCAGAAGCGAUGACAAGGCGGAGACGCAAUCCUUCCUCCCUUGGAAGUCGAACGGGGCAUGCCGAACACGGCUUACGCUGGUUCCGGAAGCACUGGCCCUUUUCAAGGAGAAAGGACUAAACUCCCUGAUUCCCAAGCCAUCACUCGUGCACAUACAGGACAAGAGCAAAGGAAACACCCUGGCCAAGGCACUGGUUUGCUUGCAAGCAUCAUGGUUCUGUGCCCAAUGCUUCACUCGGUUUGCCCAGGGUCUAGCAAUAAGUUUACUAGAACUCAACACCUUUGGCCAUGCAGUAUGCACCUUGAUCAUCUACAGCUUGUGGUGGAGUAAGCCUCUGAGCAUUGACGAGCCGGAGAAAAUCCCAUUCGACCCCGAAGGUAUAACUGUGGAGGCAAAGCUUCUUGCAAUCAAGAGAAAAUUCGGUAUGUUUGGCGCUCGACGGACGGCUUUCGAAGAUCUCGUUUACACGCCUUUGGACUACCAUUUCUCGGACAGGCACAAGACUUCUCGAGAGCCUCUUUUCCUGAAGGUGGACAAAUCCGAAGAUCUUUUGCGCCUUGUUCAAACGACACCUGCGGGGGACAAGGAGAAAGUUGCUUCCGAUAUGAAGCAGGGUAACGACUGGGAUAGUAUCGAGUUACGUGGCGCUGGGUUCUUUGACAAGCCUAUAGACGAUUCAGUCCCAGCGAGACGGUUGGAGGAGAUCAGUCGGUUAGUUCCUUAUGUGCGGGUCCUCCAUUCUGACGUCCGGCGGUGGCAACUCUCCCUUCUCUAUGAUGAUUUCGACACAGUCCCUUCCAACCUCCUGAAGGAUCGCAUUGGAAACUUUCCUCGGUUUGGAGAACCCGGCACACACUUCGGGUUUUGCUUGGGAUUCAGCAUCUUUGGAUUUAUUUACGGUGGUCUCCAUUGCGUUGCCUGGAAUGCACCUUUCUUCACCGAGAUUGAAAAGACGCUGUGGAGGGUGUCGAGCCUUACCAUAACAGCCACCAUCAUCCCGGUCUUCUUCGUCGCCUCGUGGAGCUUGUUUCCGCCGUUCUGGCAAGAUCCGUUUGGGAGGAUCACCGAGAUACACACCGUCCUCCAAAACAUCCAAGCGAACGUCAAGCCCGAGGACUGGAUCUCCCUACUGAUAUCAUGGGUCAUGUGGAUUAUCCCCAUACGCAAGAUUGUUCGACUGUUGCCACAGCCCUGGGAAGGCUUUGAUCAAGAUAUGAUCAAGGGACUGGCACAUGUCGUAUACAUUUUUCUUCUCAUUCUCUUCUUCGUUUACAAGGUCAUCUUUGACACUAUUGUCAUAUUGCUUCUUGCCAUUUACACCUUGACACGGCUUUACUUGGUGGUGGUUUGCUUCAUCAACCUUGCUCAUCUCCCGGACUCUGCAUACCUGGUACCUAACUGGUCUCGGUAUGUACCGCAUAUCGGCUGA